CGGGAAGAGAAGGGAGGGGGUACGUUCUAUGUAAAUACCUUCCCACAUCAGGCUAUGCAAAUUCAGAUCCAAGGAACCCAUCACACACCCAUGAGACAUUGAAAUCCCUCAGACUUUAAUUGGGCCCCUCUGGAAGUCAGCACCUUUUGUGAUAGCUACGCAUGACUCACCAAUAAACCAAUAUACCCAGAUGUCAAGCAAGAAGAUCUCUAUGGUUUCAUAUAUAUGAUGGUCGCUCCUUUUUUCCUUCUCUUUUCCACUCAGCUCUCUUCGCCCAGCUAGCUAGAGACUGAGACGUCCCCACAUUCAGCGCCCUAUUAGCACUGACAUGUUUUUCGUCACAUAUAACUAUCGCUGUACGUUCUUGCUAAAACUUGCGAGCCUCCUGUGGCCGCCAGCGAUCAUCUCCGUGCUUGUGACUCGCUUUAUCCUUCCAUCUGACUUUAGAGCAUCCUUUCUGCGGCGAUUGAUCCUUUAUGUUGCGUCGUGUCUUGGAUACUGGACUGUCAAGGUCCGAUACACGCGGUUUAAACACUCUUGGGAAGCCGCAAAAAUGGGAGCAGUUCUUCCACCCAGGAUGAAGGGUAAAUGGCCCGGGAACGUGGAUGUCGUCCUCCGUUCACUAGAUAUCAUCAGAGAAGGAUAUUCCACUGAACACUAUCAGGAAUUCUUGGACGAGAACGGUUGCGAUACAUUGAACUUGGGAUUAUGGUGGGAGGAUUCCUUCAUUACCAGGAAUCAUCACACAGUGCAGGCGAUGCUGGCAACGGAUUUUGACAACUUCAUGAAAGGCCCUUCGAAUAUCGAAAGGAUCCAUGGCGUGUUCGGCGAAGGAAUAUUCGGAACUGAUUGGCCAGAGGGGAGGGUUCAUAGAGCAAUGACUCGACCGUUUUUCGCUCGUGAACGGAUACGGGACUUCAACAUAUUUGAUCACUAUUCCGAAAAAGCAAUACGACACUUACUUGCACGGGCUGAGACCAAACAAUCUAUAGACAUUCAGGAUAUCUUCGCGCGGUUUACACUCGACGCAGCGGGAGAAUUCCUUUUCGGGACCAACGAUCUGAACACAUUAGACCUUCCCCUCCCCAUUCCAGGUCAAUCCCUGAUGGGCCCAAAAGGGGUACAGGUGGACGGGGAUUACGGAGGAUUUGUUCACGCCUUCGAGAGUGCUCAGAUUGUUAUAGUGGAGAGGUUGGCGUACAGGAGUAUGUGGCCUGCCAGAGAAUUCCUUGCGGACAGAACAAUGGGGCAUAAUUUGGUCAUGGACCGUUGGAUGGCACCCAUGCUCCAAGCGGCGAUCGAUAGAAAAAAGGCAAGAGGUCCUCAAGUGUGCGGAGACAACGAAGGGAAUCUUAUCGAUCAUCUAAUGGACUCGACGAGUAACAUAAAACUCGUUCGCGACGAGCUCCUCAACAUCCUUCUAGCUGCCCGGGAUACAACUGCAUCGCUUCUCACCUUCACCAUCUAUAUGCUCUGCAUGCACCCCGAUGUUACCGCCAAACUCCGCACCGAAAUCCUCAAACGUGUCCCUAGCGGCCCACCAAGUUUCGAAGACAUUCGUCAUAUGAAAUACUUGCGCGCGGUCUUGAAUGAGACAUUACGGCUCUUCCCUCCUGUUCCGCUUAACAAUCGGGCUACUAAAUCUUCAUGUCUCGUCCCAGGUGAUGCAUCGACUAAUGGGAAACCUUUAUAUAUUCCAGGUGGGGACACGAACAUGGCGUACCUCCCUCUUGUCAUACAACGACGCAAAGACCUUUGGGGGGAUGAUGCUCAAGAAUUUGACCCUGAGCGGUGGAUUGACGAAGAGCGAGUGAAGAAGAUAGUCGCUGAUCCGUUCAAGUUUAUACCUUUCAACGCCGGGCCGAGGAUUUGUUUAGGACAGAACUAUGCAUAUAAUGAAGCAAGCUUCAUGAUGGUGCGCAUAUUGCAAGUUUUCAGUGAUUUCACCCUCCGACAGGAGGAUGCACCUGCUGGAGCCUGUCCACCUGCGUCAUGGAAAGGCGCGGCGGGACGAAAGGGCGUCGAGAAAAUCUGGCCGCAGAAUGCGUCAACACUAUAUUCCAAGGGCGGCGUGUGGAUCCAGAUGGGAAUCGCCGUGAAGACAAUGUAACCAGUGGUGUCUUUCAAGGGUAGACAGCGCUGUCAUUUACCGGUGCUGCGGGAAGGACAAUGUUGCAGCUCAUUUGGUUCACGGAAGAAAGGAUAACGACAUCAGUCUGUUGUAGCCACAGCCUGUUUAGUGUAACGACCCGAGGAGAGCGAUUUUGCAAGAAGGUCAAGGGGUACACAAUUACCAAUCCAGCUAUAGUCUUGAUGAGUGAGCCAAUCAUCGCGGUUUUCAGAAGAGCACUUGAAUACCAGACUCGGCCGAAAUGAGACC